AUGUCUUCUUUAGAGGAGGCAACACUUCCUGCGACUCGUCGACCAAAAUCACGAAAGUCACUCUCCGCAAUACCUGCCGAUAAAGAAAAUAUGACAGCGGAGCUCGGAGCGCUUACUGGGAAGAGAGCGCCAACCGCAAAGCCAGCGAGGAAAUCAAGAAGUAAGAGUAUUGGUCCUGGCGGAUUAGAUGCUCUCAAAGAUACUACUGGGAAUCGACGCAAGUCCCUGGCUGCAAUUCCUCAACCCCCUCCAAGAUCAAUCUUAAAACCUACAAUGCCUCCUCUACGUGAGAUCCCGGCGCAUAAUCCAAACAGGAGAUCGAGUCCGAGAAAAGCCAAAACACCUUCACCACCUGUACCAGAAUCUGACUUAUUGAUCGAUUUCGGCGUUGACAACGGUUCUAAAACUGCAGGCCCCGAAUCGCUUGAUGAUCCAUUUCAUAUCGAUAUACCGAAACCAAACAAUGAUAAUCGAGUUGCAUUGAGAACGGAGGAAGAACAACAAGCUGCUGCUAGAGAAAGGGAAGAGAAGGAGAGGGUUGCUAUGCAAAAGGAAGUCGAUUCUAGGCGAGAUGCUCGACGUAAGUCUCUUGCUAACCGACGUGUUUCAUUUGCACCGGAAGCAACACUUCAUACUUGGGACGUCGUUGUAGAAUACCAAGACUCAACAACUUCAUCAAAUUCUACCAAUUCCACCCGCCGGGCCUCGAAUGUUACUGGAGGCUCAGUUACUACCCCGCAUCAGCAAAAUUCUGGACCACCUAGCUCAGAUCCUUCAGAGCCUCCAUCAACACCACCGGAACAAAUUGAAGAUGAUACAGCAAAUGGAUCACCAGAACAUCAACGCGACCUACAUCAAAAGAAGCGCCGCAGAAGUUCGGCCAUACCCCCUAUGAACUUCAAUGAUCCUAAUGAUGCUUUCUCGUCAAGUCCUUUGAGCGGAAGCUCUGUUGGUGCCGAUGAUGUUGAGGACGAUGAAUUUGCUUCUAGUGAUCUAGAUGAUGACGACGGCACUCGGAUGACCAUGGAUGGUGGAGAAACAACAAAUAUGUCAAUGGCAUCAGUUCAGUCAGGCUUCAGCGCUGGCUCAGAUACGAUGCUAGAACAAUCUUUACGGCGGGCCGCAAACCAAGCUGGUACCCAAGCAAUGAUCUUUGAUGAGCAAGGAGAUACCAAAAUGAGUGAAGAUAAUGAGAUCGUUGCAUCCUUUGCUCCAUGGACAAAGAAGCCUCCUCUAGAAUCUCAGCAAGACCAAGAAAAUGUGAAUCCUUUUUCAUCAGCACAUAAAUCGGAUGUUCAAGAAGAUCCAGAACAAUCGGAUGGAGAAGAAAUGACGAUGGAUAUGGAUAUGACAAGUGCUGUUGGCAGAAUUUUACCAGGUCAACAACGGGAAGAUGAUGAGCUUUCCAUGGAUGUGACCCGUGCUUUCGGUGGAAUUAUUCCCAAUAGCCAACCUGGAGCAAAAUCUAAAGCAGCGGACCGUCAUGAAAGUACUCGCAGAAUAUCGACAGGGGAAGAGUCGUCAUUCGGCGAGCAGACUAUGGACUUGACUACCGCUGUGGGUGGCAUUCAUACUGCUGAAAAUGAAGGAGAGGCAUCUGAAGAUGAUAUGAGCAUGGACUUUACAUCAGCAGUUGGCCGGGUGCUAUCACAACCGGCUGCAACCAAGAAUACGAGACGAUCAUCCAUGGCUCCAAAGUCACAACCGAAACGAGAUCGCGAGAGCUUAGAUUCCGUCGCCGAUGAUGGGACAAUGGGUAUGGAUAUUGACAUGGAUAUGACCGCUGCUGUGGGUCGUAUUAUGCCUUCGAAUAUAGAGGAAACCGAGGAAAUGGAUAUGGAUGUGACCGUUGGUAUGGAAAUGACCAAAGCACUAGGUGGUAUCCUACCACAAUUGAACGCUGGGGAUCGAAACCAAGCGAAGAAGAUUAUGGAGAUGGAAACAGACAUUUUCAGCUCACCAUUUCGAGUAGACGUUCCAGCCAAUUCUCCUCCAAAAUCUAUCAACCAGCAACCUUUAACUGUAGCACCAGAAACUGGCAGUCCCAGCUUCACAGCCGGUUUCAAAGGAAAAGGGCUUCGUAGAAGCAUUGAACGAAACUCUACCACACCUAAAUCUACUCCUAAAUCUACGAUGCUUACACCAGUCAAGAAGCCGACUACCCCACAAAAACAAAUCACUCCACAACCUGCUCAACCAUCUCAUCCAGGCAAAACUCCACCCUCUAAAAAUGUUCUCAUGCGUACAGGAUCGCCCAAAAGACUUUUCAAACCUGAUCCCAAAGAGUCAUCUUCCACCCCUCGUACAGCUUCAAGUAAAAAACAAACACCGAACAAGUUAUUCAAAAAAGAUAGCAAUACGGGCCUUGCGACACCCAACUUCAUUCUAACACCACAAAAACGAUUGUCCACUGGCAUCGGCCUUGAUAGAGUAGGACUAGGAUCGCCAAAGGUUGCUGCAUUAUUGGACCGACGUGGAUCGAUUGGAGAACAAGCACGAUCAUUCACACCUACCCAGCCAGCAGAUCUCGGUCGUGGUGUACGAUUCCAAGAUCCUCGUAUCAUGGAAGAAGAAGUCGACAGGGAGCGAGAACAAGAAGAAGAUCGAGAAAAUGGACGUAAGAUAAUGGAGCGUGAAGCAGAUCAGGGUGAGGGAGAAGAAAAAGAUGCAACCUUGAACCUCAAGGAAAUGAUCAACAGUCUCACACCUAAGAAGUCAAUGAAAGGUCGCAAGAGUUUGCACGCUGGCGCAGCGAUUGGUCUUCUGGGUAAACGACCUGCUGAGUUGGAUGAGGAUGACUCAGAUGAAGAUGAGGGUGGUAUGAAGCGACUGAAAAAUCAUCAGGGCAGUCCUGUGAAGAACGUCCAUCUCCAAGGCCCACCCACCAAAGAACAAACAACAACUGGGCGUCUAACCCGCGCAAGCAGAAAGAGUAUGGAAGACUCGACCAUCACUUCCACUACUCCUACUACCACUACUUCGCCCAUCAAGGACAGAGUAACCACACCACGUGAUCAAGGUCGUUUCAAAGAUGCAGAAGCCAACUUGACUGAGCCUGUGGCAAUCCCAUUUAAAGAGACAGCACCAGUUGAAUAUCCAGAGCUACCUGAAGAACCACUUGGAGAUGAACGCAUACAGUUGCAAGAUUUUUUGAAUAUGACAAGCAUUCGAUUCAUGGAAUUGACAACUACCAAGCGAAGGCAUACAAUUGCGCCAAAACGUGCUAGCGAUGGACCAUUGAGAAAUAGAUUGUCAGAUCAAACCAAGGUUUCUCUUGAGGAUUGUGUUGCUGCAGGUGCAGCUACAAUUCCUAUGCUUGAGCUAUUCCAGCAUGCCUGUCAUGAACUCAAGAAGUAUAUAUCAGACGGCCGAAAAACUGUUCGUGAGAUUGAGAGCGAGACCUUUGAAGAAAACCCCCCACUUUUCCGUGAAUACAUUUCUGCACCGGCAGAUAUGAAGCUUGUGAUGGACAAUCAACUCAAGAAUGUCAAAACACAUUCUCGUCUUCUCAGUAAAGGCAUGUGGUAUGAAUGGCGAUCGACUUUACUUGAGACUGUCAAGGAUGAACUCGUUAGAAGUGCUGAAGGUAUGAUCAGCGAUGAAGAAAUCCUUGAUAAACAACAGGCACUUCUGGAAUCUGUACUCCCACAAAUGAUAAAGAAAUCUCAGCAGCUUCAACAUGAGGAGGCAAAUUUGAGGACUGCCGCGGAAGAAAUUGCUAGCUGUGAUCCUGAAGAACUUAGUGAAGCUCGACAACAGUUAAUAUCUGUUGAAGCGGAUGUUGAUGCCAAAAGGCACAUGAUUGAGGAAUUGAAGAAGCAGCUUCAAGCAAGAGAAGCGGAGAUUGAAGCCGGUACCGCCAAGAAGGAGAUGUGCCUUAAAGAAAUCCGUGAAGCGGAGAAGAUCAGGGAGGAAUGCCGUGGAUGGAGUUCGAGUGAAAUUAGUACUCUUAAAGCAAAAGUGGAUGCUAUCGAGAAGAAACAUGGAUGGACGAUCACUGGCGUGUCCGGAACUACAACUUCAAUGACCUACCGAAAGGAGAUUGAGCUUGUAUUUGAUGCAUCUGCAUUCAAGUCGAAUUAUCCCAGCAAGACUACAAAGCCAGAAAACUCAAGGAUUGAUCUUUGGUACAUUGCCGCCAAUCGAGAGCACAAUCCAUCACGUCUCACCCCCGAGAAGGAAUUCCUCCUUCAAUGUAUCCGUGAUCACGUGAGAGGUUUACCUCAAUCAGAAACCGAAAUCAAAGCUCUCCUAAACUCCGUUAGCGUCGCUUGGAAUAAGGCCGCUAAAGUAGUAGAUGAUAUUCAUUUACUGAACAUCAUCUGCCCAACUGCCGUCACAAAAACAUCAGAUAACUCUAUUCUUGUCAAGUCCAAGUUGCUGAUUGCGCCGCUUACCACGAAGGUUGAACUAGCUUUCAGCCUUAUUAGCCAUAGCACUGAAGAAGGAUUCGAUGUGGAGAUUUCCCCGGUCGCAAAAGUGAUCUACGGAGAGAGAUUUAAUGAACCAAAGAUGAGGGAAUUUUUGCUUAAUAGAUUAGGUAAUUAUGUCAAGGAGAAAGGAGACAGUGGAACUGUAUCUUGGGGAGCAGCAGUAGCUGAAUUGGGGAUAAAUUGUUGCUAG